ACAACACCUUACUUAUUGUAGUGCACCUCUAGAUACCACAAAUAGAGGCUAUUUUGUGAUCACGCAAUUACCGCUGUAACUCCCUUAGCGCGUUUUGCCACGCAAAGCCUUUGUGAUAUUCCAAUGUCCACUGUUCCUCGCGUGCACAUGACGGGCCGUCGCAGUCUCAAAGCUACGCCAAUGAACAAGAAGUCCAAGGUCAAUAGUGGUCCAGACACGUCGGUCACCACAUGCUCGCUUUGUUCCAAUUCCUUCGAUGGGGUUACAAAACACUGUAUGUCGAUCGACGGCUUGUGUGUGUGUGACGCAUGUUCAACUAAACCGUUGGCUAGGGUCAUUCAAGUGCUUAUGGCGAAAUGUGAAAGUUUAGCCCUAACGGUCACAGAACUAAAGGAAUUGACUACUAGCUUGGUAAAAAAACAACUGAACUUGAGUCGCAGAUUAGUGUAUUAAGUAGCCCGAAUCCCAGACCUGUCAAAAGGCGAGAGCCAUUUAGUAAAGAAGCCACACAGUACGGUAAAAAUAGCACACCAUUGUUGAUGGACGCCAGCGAAGAUAGGCCUGUCGAACGACCUCCCAAGUUUUGUGAAGUGUCUCAAGGCUUAAACAGCUAUGCACAAACUGCACGCUCAACCCUGUCACGGGUUGGACAGCAACAUUUGACCCCCACAAACAGCACAACAAACGGCGUUCCGCGUAUGCAGCCAUGUAGCAGCGCAGGCUCUCCCUGCACAAGGGACAAGAUGAGUAGUCAACCUAGAC